GCGCUGCGGCCCCGCCCCUAGGCCGCGUGGCUGCGCGUCCCGGCUGUUGCCGAUAAAGUUGUUUGACGCCGGGCCGGCGGCGGGUCACGUGAGCGGAAAAUGGCGGCCCCGGCAGGCGGCGGAGGCUCCGCGGUGUCGGUGCUGGCCCCGAACGGCCGGCGCCACACGGUGAAGGUGACGCCGAGCACCGUGCUGCUUCAGGUUCUGGAGGACACGUGCCGGCGACAGGACUUCAACCCCUGUGAAUAUGAUCUGAAGUUUCAGAGGAGUGUGCUCGACCUUUCUCUGCAGUGGAGAUUCGCCAACCUACCCAACAAUGCCAAGCUGGAGAUGGUGCCUGCUUCCCGGAGCCGUGAGGGGCCUGAGAACAUGGUUCGCAUCGCUCUGCAGCUGGACGAUGGCUCCAGGCUGCAGGACUGUUUCUGUUCAGGCCAGAGCCUCUGGGAGCUUCUCAGCCAUUUUGCACAGACCAGGGAGUGCCUGCAGCACCCCAGCGGGGCCACCCCAGUCUGCGUGUACACGAGGGACGAGGUGAUGGGUGAAGCCGCCCUACGGGGCACGACGCUGCAGUCGCUGGGCCUGACCGGGGGCAGCGCCACUAUCAGGUUUGUCAUGAAGUGCUGCGACCCUGUGGACAAGACCCCAGGAAGCCUGGGCUCGUCGGUGUCGUCGGUGUCGGCUGGCCAGGCGGCCGCCAGCACUUCACUUCCCUUGGAAUCUGGGGAGCUCAGCCGCGGCGACCUGAGCCGUUGGGAGGACGUGGACACCUCAGGGCCCUGCUGCGAGGACACUCAGGAGAAGCAGAGCAUGAGGGCGCCCGCACCUGCCCCCUUUGUUCCUUUCUCAGGCGGGGGACAGAGACUGGGGGGCCCUCCUGGGCCCACGAGGCCUCUGACAUCAUCUUCAGUCACGUUGCCGAAGUCCCUCUCCAGCCCCGGAGGCCCUUCCAAGCCAAAGAAGUCCAAGUCGGGCCAGGAUCCCCAGCAGGAGCAGGAGCAGGAGCCGGAGCUGCCCGUGGACCGGGAGCCUGUGGUGUGCCACCCUGACCUGGAGGAGCGGCUGCAGGCCUGGCCAGCGGAGCUGCCUGAUGAGUUCUUUGAGCUGACAGUGGAUGACGUGAGAAGGCGCUUGGCCCAGCUCAAGAGUGAGCGGAAGCGCCUGGAAGAAGCACCCUUGGUGACCAAGGCCUUCAGGGAGGCGCAGAUAAAGGAGAAGCUGGAGCGCUACCCAAAGGUGGCUCUGAGGGUUCUGUUCCCCGACCGCUACGUCCUACAGGGCUUCUUCCGCCCCAGCGAGACAGUGGGGGACUUGCGAGACUUCGUGAGGAGCCACCUGGGGAACCCCGAGCUGUCGUUUUACCUGUUCAUCACCCCUCCAAAAACAGUCCUGGACGACCACACGCGGACCCUCUUUCAGGCAAACCUCUUCCCGGCCGCUCUGGUACACUUCGGAGCCAAGGAGCCGGCAGGUGUCUACCUGGAGCCUGACCUGCUGCAGCACGCCAUCUCCCCAUCUGCAGCCGACAUGCUGGUGGCCAGGUGCAUGUCCAGGGUCACCGGGUCCCCUUCCCCAUUGCCAGCCCCUGACCCUGCACCUGAGUCUGAACCAACUGCUGAGGAGGGGGCACUGGGCCCCCCUGAGCCCAUCCCAGGGACGGCCCAGCCUGUGAAGAGGAGCCUGGGCAAGGUGCCCAAGUGGCUGAAGCUUCCGGCCAGCAAGAGGUGAGAGCCACCAGCCCAAGGUGCCCACUCUGCCACCCACAGGACCACCUCCCCUGCCAGUAGGAAUAAAGACUUGUGCAUCCCUCAA